GUAUAGCCCUACCAGUUCCUUCCUCUCCGUGGUACCUGCAUGUUGCAAGUUAUGGACUGCAAAUUGAACAAUCAGAGACAUCAGAGCAUGCAUGUAAUUAUAAAUAAUUAGCCCUCUAAAUAAAAGAGUGCUGUCAAUAUAAACCAAUUUGGAUCAGAAUUCAGUAACUUUUCCUGACGCAUUAUUUGAACUGAUAGCGAUAUUGCGGUAAUGUGUUAUUUGUUCUCAAACUGACAGGCGUUAUAGAGCUGAUUGUAUUCCUUGGAGGCAUGGUGGCUCAACUGACCAGCGGUUUGUACAUUGAAAAGCUGGGAUUCAUAGGGCCCUAUUGGAUCAUUUUUGGAUGUCAUGUGGCAGCCAUACUCUACGCCAUUUUCUUCGUUCCGGAAUCAAGAGCCAAAUCCAGCGUUGAAACAGGACGAUUAUUCAGCUUGGAGAACUUCAAAUCGUCGUGGAGAGUUUACUUUGAGGCUUCAGGAACCCGGAAAAGAAACUUGGUGGUUUUGACUUUUUGUGCCGGAAUUACUGCCAUAGCUGUGAUGGGCAUAACUGGAGUGGUAAACCUUUACACUCUGCACUCACCGCUGUGUUUCUCUCCGGAGUUUGUGGGCUAUUUCUUAGCGUUUCGCCAGUUUAUGCACGGCGUGGGCGGCGUGACCGCUAUUAAAGUGUUUGGAAUGUGUCUCUCAGAUGCCAAUAUCAGUCGUAUCGCGGUAGUGUCAUAUAUAGGAUUCCUGGUGUGGCUUGGAUUCUCCAAAACACUUCUCAUGGUCUUUAUAACUCCUAUUAUUGGUAUAUUUGGAGGAGCUGGUCCGCCUGUCUUCAGAGCGAUGAUGUCAAAAAUUGUCAGCGCAGACGAUCAAGGCUCACUGUUUUCUGCAGUUUCCUCAGUGGAGAUGCUGUGCACGUUUGGUGGAACAGCCCUGUUCAACUCGCUGUACCCCAAAUCAUUAAAAUUUAACGUGCCUGGAUUUGUUUUCGUACUGGGAGCCAUUUUGAUGUUAUUGCCUUUUUUCUGUACCUUCUGCCUAAGAGAUCAAGCAAUGUUCACACGGAAAAGGUUGUUAGUGAACUCUGCAAGUGGAUACGAAAAGAUCAACUCCGACGAGGAGAACGACGACGAACAGUAUGCAGAAGAUUCACCAGAUGACGUAUCUGUGGAUUCACCAAUCAUUCCAGCGAAUCCUCAAGAGACUGCAAAAUACACGUAAAACACUGCAGACAGAUCUGUUCUUAUUAAAGACUGACUGGAACCGCAAAACGAUAUUACAGUGGAAUCCCGCCUUUCGGCCACCUCGUUAUUACGGCCCCGUUUUUUUGUCCCAGCGAAACGCCUAGACGUUUUCUUGUAAGAAAACCCGAUUAUGCGGCAAACCCGUUAAUACUGCCAACGGCCACUUUCUGAAGUCUCAGCCUGUAUAAUCCUUUAAAAAACCAGUAAUGUUCAUCUUUCCAUUUGUGAAUAUCAUUCGUACUGAGUGCAGUUUAAUUUUUUUUUUCAAAAUUAUACCUGCAUUCCGGAUGCUUAUUGAAGAAAAGUUGUUUCGAAGUGCAGUUGCGAUGUAUCAGUUAAGACAUCGCCCAAUUUAGACCAGUCGAGAAAUUUGACCCUGCCCCGUUACUAAGGCGAAAUUUCCAUGGCCUUUGGUGACCGUGUUAACGUGCUUCCACUGUAUAAGUAUUCAGUAGAUAACUGAUUUGUUACAUCACAGCUGAGCGCGGUACUUUGUUUAGCGUGACGGUGUGACUCACUUUAGCCCUAGGGCAUACUUGAUAAUAUUUAGUCAUAAUUACAUGAAUAUUGAAUGAAUCGUUGACGUGGAAUGACGGUGUUGUUUCCUUCUGAGCCGUUUUUGGCUGUGACCCGCGGACGAAAAAACAACUUCGUCAUCUGUCCUCAUCUUCCUCAGGAAAUGACUCACAAUGGCGUGAUGUUGAUCAUUUAUUUUUAUUCAAGAGCCAAAUUUAAUUUUCACACUGUCAUAAAGGUUUAUAAACAAUAUAUUGAAAAAUGGUAAAUAGUUUUUAAUAUAUAGAUAAUAUUUAUCGGCAUGAUACGAGUUAAGUUUGUAUAGAGAAUACAAUUGUUAAUGCAUCCCAUUCAUAAUAAAAUACCUUUAAGACAAAAUCCGAUAGAAAAUAUAGCAAUUUCAGGUUUUAGUGGACAAAAAUCUGGUACCAGAAUAAUUUUAAGUA